AUGUCUGCAACAGCACCUUAUCAGGUAGUUUAUAAAAACCAGCUACAGUUUAAUCUUGGAGUGCCACUGACUGCACAAAACUUGGCCGUUAGGUUCAGUCGACCUUCCCCGAUAUUUGUCGAAAGGGUUGGAGGGCAGCAUGGACUUCCUGCAACAGUUGUUCCGAAGCAGACUUCAGGUAAUAUUCUUCAUUCUUUAAGGAACAGUGGAGACUCAGUAUUUAAUUACUCGUCGUUGUCCCAGGACAAGAUGGAGAUGAUGUCACAGUUGGCAAAAAGAGAUUUACGAAACAGACAUCUUCAGUCACAGAUGUCAAGGAACAGUCCUAGCUCAGGUUCACCAAGUCCAGCAUCUUCCCCAUCUCGCACUCGUCUGCACCAAAAGAACUCACAUGAAAGGUUUUCUAGACCAGAAAUCAUGAAACCACGGAGGCCUCUCACAGCUAAAGAAACAGAUAAGAAUCGUCGGCUGGGUGCAGUCCAGACCCCACCACCCAGGAAACCAGUGGCACAUUUCAGGAGCGAUGACUAUUUCAUGUCUGCUAGAAAUGCAUCAAUCAAUGCGUCUGCAGACUCAGAUGUCUUCUUUCCCACAAAGCCAUUCAGUUCUCAAGGGGAACAUGAACCCAAAGAUGAGAUGGAAAGGUUACAACAAGAAGCAGAAGGUUAUCUUUCACUGAUUGAGCACAUACAGCAGAAAGCUAUCUCUGAACCAGGUCUCAGAUUGACCCGCCCACCCAUGAAAGGAAAUCGAAAAGAUGAAUUUUUGCUUGAGGAGGAGAAUUUGGACCGAGUUCGGAUCCGUGUCGAGGAGCAGAACACAAGAUUAACUCGUAAUUUGUAUAACUUGAAACUGAAGAUGAAACAAGUGCAGCGGGAUGCAGCUCAUCAUGAGUCCUGCAAGUCAGUUCGAAAGAAUCAGAUAUUGUCCCAGCUUGUGACCGUCUACCGAGGAGCAGUCAAAGCUCUUCAGACUUUUGCCCACCAACUGCCUUACCAGGAGCUGAAGGAGGGCCUUCCAUCUCAUUACCAGGAUAUUUCUGCAUUGCUGCGACAGCUGACAACUCUGAAUGCUGCCUUGAAACCAGGGAAGCAGUCUGAUGGAGACCACAGACUGUUGGAAGUUUUGGAUAGAAUUGAUAAUCUGAAUACAAAAUGGAGCAUAGAGCCCAAAAAAGUCUGCUUUCAGACAGACAAGACAAACCAAAAGUCUGUGGUGACCAAGGAGUGGGUUAGUGAUACCAAGGUGGACAAAAAUAUUUUCGUUAUGAAGAAUCAGACAGAGCUGAAAUAUCCAGCUGAGCUUGUUAAGCUGAUUGGCCAACAACACCGGCAGGCAGUGCCACGUGGAAGACCACAGAAACGAAGCUUUGGGAAAGAAAACAGAUUUUUUGGGGCAACUUCUGCAGUGGGAAAAGACCCGGCUGAGCUGAGGUCAGCGGUUGCUUCAUUACUUCAAGCAAAAUCAAAAGCUGCUGGAGCAGACGGCAGGGAGCACUUCACAAAUGGCGGUGUUGCUAGGGAGACACGGAUGGGCAGACAACCCAGCAGACAGGCUCACAUGAAGGGUUAUCUUCUGCCUCAUGAUCUGAUGGUGAAGAGAGAGAAAGCACAGAAAGCUGUGGCACUGUCAAACCAAGACAGAAGAUAUGCCGACUCCACUGUUGCCACCAGUUUGAAAAAAUCUCCCGUCAGGCCAUAUUCCGCUCCAGUUAAUGCCAGCAGACACAAAGGGGUGAACUUUGAACUGGACAGGCAGUCACCGAUGCCAUGGAUACCCCCAGGAAGGUCUGCUCGCUCAAGGUCACUCAGUUCAGAGCCAAAGUCACGGUCAAGGUCACCGUUCUACUUGCGUGAGAUGGAUAUUGAAGAGGCUAGGCAUAUGUUUUCUGACAAGCAUUCAUCAGUGGUGAAGAAAUCAGAUGAGAAUAUUGUGAGCAGUGGCUUCCGUUCCCUCCCCACUGAAAAGAAGCUGAGGUCAGCAGAUGUGUCAAAUUCUUUUAUAGACGAAGUAGAGCAUCGGCUUUUGCGGAGGCUGAUGGGAAAAGUGGCUGCAAGUAAGGAUGGAGCACCAAGAAUUGCAUAUCUAUUUUUACAGCUGUCUCAGAGAAAACAGACAGCUUCUGCAGACACAAGAGGAGAUGAAGAUGUCAGUUCAGAUACAGAUGAGCCUCUGGAUGCAACAGAUCUGGGAGAAGAGAUCAGGCUGGAGGCGGUGUCUGCCGUUGAUGCUCCGACUAUUGAGAAUAUGAAACAGAGACUGGCAGAGAUGCGGCGUGAGCAGCAAGAAAUUCGACAGAGAUGGUCUACACUGAAGUAUACAGAUACAAAACCAAAGUCAAGGAUUUUCGCAUCCAGUGACAUCCAGUCAGACAGAUUUCUGGACCCUCCUGCAGUUGAAGUCACACGAAUGUCUAAAACAGAAAGACCAAACAAUCCAGACAGAUAUAUUAUAAACGAAUGGAGUGAUGAGCCAGUAAUCUUCACCAAGCCUACAGUUGGUUCUAGGGUAAGAUAUCUUCAUACUGUCGACCAUAGAGUGCAGGAUGACCUUCAACCUGAGCCAUCGUUGGUCCAGUUGAAAAAGCCCAGACGACUGGUGACUGUAAAGCAAACAGCCGUGGAGCAGAUUGUUGCCGACAGGGAGAAGUUUGAGAGAUACCUGAAGAAGCGAUCACAUCAUCCAGCGGGGAAGUUUGAUCCAUGGAGACUGGUGGAAGAAAUUUCUGAUGAGAUCCUCUCAGACUGUCUAGCAGACGUAGCAGCAGAAGUAGAAGUCAUUAACGAAGAGAUUGCCAAUCACAUGUACAAGUCAGAGUUCAUGGUGGAUACCAGCGACCCAGAAACAGCGUUGCCCAGAGAGCAGAUGGAGCCACUUGUGAAAGCAGCAGGUGCUGGCGAUGGUUAUAGCCAAGAGAUACUGGUUUCUUCAAAAUUAGAAUCAGUCAAGAAAACGGCAGGAGGUGUAGAUCGUGGAUUUGUUGGAGAGAAGGGCUCUGUUUUAAAUUAUGAGGAUCUGCAGAAAGUUAUUAACAAAGAGGUGGAUGCUAAAGGAAAUUUGAGGAGUGUAAUGAAGGGUCAGGAGAAGAUAUUGCCUCCGAGGAGUUCAUUGAGAAGUCUAGAGAAGAUGUCAACUCCACACAAUUUAGUGAGGGGUUCAGAAGUUUUGCCUCAGAGGAGCUUAUCAAAAAGUCCAGAUAAGAUGUCAUCUCAUAGAAGUUUAUCAGAGAGUCCAGAGAAGGUGUCACCUCAGAGGAGUUUAUCAAAGAGUCCAGAUAAGAUGUCUCAAAGAAGCAUGUCAGAAAGUUCAGAGAAGAUGUUCUCCCAUAGAAGUUUAUCAGAAAGUCCAAAGGUGUUAUCCCAAAGGAGCUUAUCAGAGAGCCCAGAAAAGAUAUCACCUCAGAGAAGUUUAUCAAAGAGUCCGGAAUUGUCACCUCAAAGUAACUGGCCAGUGAGUCCAGAGGUGCCACAGAUAGCAUCCGCCGCUGAGCCUCAGCUAGAGAAUGUGUCUUAUCUUCUCAAUCAAGGCCAGGAUGUUUACAAAGAGAGGGAGGAAAGGGGUGCUGGAGAUAUACAAAGGGAAGAGAUAAGCGGAAAGAAUGUGAAAGUAGAUAGAGGCAAGAAGAACGAUGAUGAGUAUGAAGAUGAUUAUGAGGAAAGCUCCAAGGCAGUGAGUUAUAAGAGUGGUGAUAAGAAAAAUGGGGAAGAAGAAAAUGAUUAUGAUGAGUAUGGAUUCGAUGAUUUUGAAGAUGUCAGUGAUGAAGAGUUGAAAGAUGUCAAGUAUGAUGAGUCAGAAGAUGUAAGUAAUGAUGAUUUCUAA